AUGGCGAACAACACAGAGAGCCGUGCCUCCGGUGGCUUUUCUGCCGAUGUGCAUCUAUCAUUUGCCACGGCCGUGCAUGUGACCAUCGAGGGGGCUGCCACUGCAGGUGAUGUUAUAGAAGCGGUGCACGCGAAGAUUCCUGAAGAUCCUCGACAUGGAAAUGUCUUGCUGUCCCGCGGCCCGCAAAAGUUCGCGGCCACGGAUGAGGUGUUGCCGGAAAGAGAGACUGGCCAAGCGUUGGCCUUGGCCAACUAUGGCCGCCUACAUGCAGCCAGCAGUCCACUCCAAAUCCCGACGGAGCGCAGCGGCAUCACCAUUCCGCAAAUUCAGGCCCUGCUCGGCUUCAUGCAAGGAAUGGUGCAGCUUUGGUCCGGUACUUUUGGCGCGGAGAGCGGGCUACCUCUGUCCUUCGAGCGCUUCAAUCUGUAUCACGCCGACUACUGGAUCUUGAACCCAGCGACUGCAGGAAUGGGUGGACACGGCUGCAGCUAUGUGGAGUUAGUGGCGGAGAGCGCCACGGCGCAGUGUCCCGGAUUCUUUGUGUCACACGCGUGGCUGGAGCCGAUUGUGCUGUUCCUGCGGUGCCUUCGCCGCCACGCGGCCGUUCGUGAGUUGGGGCAAGACACUGCGUAUUGGGUCUGUGCCUAUGCCAACAAUCAGCAUGCACUUGGCCACGCCAUCCCCGCAGAUCCUCGGAAAUCGUCUUUUUACUUGGCGAUGAUGCUGUGCCGGGGAGUGCUUCUGGUGCUGGACGCCGCCGCCACGCCUUUCCAGCGAAUUUGGUGCUGCUUCGAGGAGGCGAUUGCGAUCGAAAAUUCUGCCGCCCUGUACCUGGACGUGGCAGCGACCAGCGGCGAUGUGGCCCACAUCCUGACGGAUGGCCUUGCGGGAAAGGAGGCCAAGUUGCUGCCCCUGCUCGGCCUCCUUGCGAAGUCCCGACGCGAGGAGGCUUUUCCUGCGGAGCUCUUGCAGCGUGCGCUGUCGGUCCGCAUCGAGCUCGCGGAAUCGUCCAGGGAGGAGGACAAGAAGCGGAUCUUGAACAGCAUUGCAUGCCCACUGGCGAGAACGCGCACGCUGGAUGAGGUGGCAGUGCAGGAGCACGAGCGCUUCGGCAUGGUCAACCGAGCGCUGGCUGGCCAUUUUGCCAUGAGCAGCCUCUACGCAUGCCAUGCCCAAGAUCAGGAUGCAAGCAGUCUCCUGCGUGCGCUCCAUGCAGACGCCACACGCUCGGCCCUGCGGCUUUCCCUGACUGGAUGCAAGCACUUCCGAGACGCAGAGCUCGGGGCGCUGAUGGCCCACCUGCCCACGGCUCUUCUGAGUCUGCGUUUAGACCUGGGACACACAGGGCUCACAACCUUCGAAGUCGGCGAGGCGCUCUGCCCACAGCUGCAGACGCUGCAGCUUCGCUUCUCAGGGCCAUCACUGCGAGAAGCCCAUGGCAUAGCAGCCCUCCUGGGCGCGCCCCUGCUUCACCUGGAGCUGUGGUUCUCAUCCCUGCCCGCGCUUGAAGACCUCAAUUUCAGCGAAGCCUUGCUAAAGCUUCGCCUGGAUGACUUGUCUCUCCAAGUCCAAGCCUGCCCCAAGGUUCCCCAGGCCUCCAAACAAUUGCUGCACAACGCUGCCCGAAAGCUCCAGAGACGUGACAGCAACUUGCAGAUGUGGCUCUGCAUCGAGGAUGCAGCGGCGUGGAUGCAGCAGCUGCGGGCGGCGCUUCAGCAGCUGUCCAAGGUGCCACUGAAGCGUGCUCGAACGCUGACAGGCUUCGGAGACCCCGCCGACUCAGAGAUCGAUUUGAGCACGGUCCCGACGAAAGUCAACGAGGACCGGCCGUUUCCAUGCAGCCACAGGACCUGCCAACGCUUCCAUGCCAAUUUGAAUGGCUACUGCAACGAGCACUACUUCUGCGACCUUGGGAAGAGCUUCUGCAACACCUUCCAUGAGGCCCUGCGCUGGUGCGAGCUGGCCUUGAUCUUCUUCGUGCAGGCAGCGGCAGACAUCGAGUCCAAAGGCCUGCUGCUGCUCGUCGUGCUCUCCCUGUAUCCGGCUCUAAUCUUCAGCUUGGCAGAGUUGAGCGGCUUCUCCGUGUCCUCCCUCUCCGCACUGUUGCUUGCUCUUCCCCUGUCUUCGGUGGCCUACGCCAGCAUCCGUUUUGACCAGAUGCAGAGGGCCACGCUGGAGUUUUCACUGUCCUCGGAGGCUUUGUACUCGGAGGUGCUGCAGGAGGACGAGAUCCCGUCCCACACCUCGCUGGUCUUCGGUGAGGCUGGGGAGAAGUAUCCAAGCGCCGACCAAAUGCGGCAGGAGUUCGUGGGCGACCUGAAGCGCAACUAUCUGCGGGCGCGACAGCACCUUCCAAGCUUUCAGAAAACGCUGCAGGAGGUCGUGAAGACAGUGGGCGCAGAAGGCAUGAGAGCGCAGCUGAGGAGCAUGGACGAAGAGUUCCAUGCCUCUGCUGGGUGCGAAGGAGCUGUGGAUGUCCUGUUCUACGAAAUCUAUUGCAACGGCCUGCCUCACGUGCGACAGACCUGGCAGGAGCUGAACAGGCGCUUGCAAAGUGAGGAACAACGGAUCUGCGUUGUGGCCCUGCGGGACGGCUUCGCCGAGGAGGGCCGCAAGCGCAGGUGCUGCGAGGUGGUGCUGUGCAUCGACGGUUACUUUGCCACCGUGCUGCUGUUGGAGCGAGCUUUGGCUUCUGCUGAGAGGAAGCUUCAGGGCCUCUGUUUGAUGGCGACGACCUUUGGCCUGAUGAUCGACCCUCGUCCGCGAACUGGAGCCCAGGAGCUCAAGCAAGCAAAGACGACGAAGAGCCUGCCAAAGCCUCACCUUGGGCUUGCCAUCAUCCUGGGCCUGGUGAGGGCCACCUCCCUUCUUUGCAGCGCCUACUUCGCGCUGCAAUAUUUCCUGCGCUACGGGGGGCCGCCGCUGCAGGAGGGGCUGCCAGGCCCUCUCCGUGCCUUCUUGCGCCUCGGCCCUCACGACAUUGCCCAGGAAGAGGCGGAGAAGUCUUGGUUGAAGGCAGUUGCGCUGGCUCUUCCCUACGCCGUCCUCAUCUUGGUCUACAGUCACGACCUGAUGCGGUGCCGUCGCCAGGGAUCCCGGAGGUUGAAGCCGUCGCAGAUCAUCUACGAGCGCCAUUUCGGAGUCCAAGGCAACUGCUACGUCCUCAAGGUUGCCGUCAUGCAGAUGGUGACCGUGCUCCUGCAGGCAUUCGGGAAGGUACAACUGCUCGCAGGAAUUGUCACCUUCGCAAUGUACCAGAAGAUCCCAGCAGUUUCGCAGUUGCAGGAUUGCUUUUGGAUCUUUUGGGUGUUCCUGGUGCUCAACAGCGUCUACCCGAGCAUCCUCUUCAUCGCGCCCAAUGCCCGACGGUGUCGAUAUGGUGCCGCUGUCAUGGACGUGGUGAUGGACCUGGGGUACAUGCUCAACUACUUGGUGAUUGUGGUGACUGCCAUGUCAGAGCUCAGGCUGGAGACUGCCGUGGAGGGCAACUUCGGGGAAGUCUGGGAGCUGGACUUCAGCAACAGCAUCAGCCCCACUUUCGCCUUCCCCGCUGACAUCAUGCCGUACUUAGCCGUGUACGCCAGUCUUGCCCACACCUGCUGCGCUUGCCGCUCCGUGGAGCGCGCCAGGGAACUCUCCGAGAGGAGGGCCCCGGGCUUUCUUUCCAUUGGCACGUGCUCUUCCCGUCCUGGCCGGCUGGCGCUGCGCAGUCUUCAGGCGAUGUAUUCACCAAUGCUGGUGCUGGUGCUUUUUCUGCUCCUCCGCUCCCCGGACGUGUAUCCGGGCCACUCUGGGGACUUCAGCUGCUUCCCUUGCCGCUGCUCCAAGGACCCGGGGGCGCUACAUCGGAGCACCUCUUCUUCCGGGCCUCAAGCUUUUCAGGAGCAGCUGGGGCAUUGGAAUGUCACAGCCGGGUCCUGCACCCAGCAUGCCGACGGCUGCAUCAGCAGCACCUCUUAUCCCAACGGUUAUCCGGACGGUGAUCAAUGCACCGUCCAGGUCCGCGCAGGCAGCAGCCUUGUCAUCCAAGUGGAGGACUUCGAGACGGAAGAUUCUUACGACAUCUUGACGGUGAAUGGAAUCGACUACAGCGGCUCUGGCUCCAGCAAAGGUCCUGGCAACAUCAUGGCGAGAGGGAACAUCGAGUGGCGUGCCGACUCUGCGCCCGAGACGUGGAAGAGGGGCUGGAAAAUCUGCCCCCGCCCGCCCGUGCGGCUGGAAAGCUGCGGCUUGGCGGCUGCCCUCCGACAGGCGGAGCUGGCCAUCAGCGGCUUCGAUAGCAUCGCCGAGGCUGCCUUCGAUCCUUUGGGAUGUCACUUGAUGCGCCUGUCCCUCACCAACAACACCCUCACCUCACUGCCAUCAAAGAGGUUCCGGCGCCUCGCCUGUUUGGAAGCGUUGGAUUUGGGGAAAGGACAGCUCGAGCACCUGGAGGAGGAGGUUUUCGAAGGCCUCACGAACCUGCGGUUGCUGUCGCUCAGCGAAAACCGUCUCACCAACCUUUCCACCGAGCUUCUCAGACCGCUGCGCAACUUGGAGCAGCUUUUCCUGGGCGGCAAGGUCGAUGAGCUUUUCGAAGUGAUCGUUCAAGGGAACCAUCUUGUCAGCUUGCCGGCCUUCGACAACCCACAGCUGGAAGUGCUGGACAUUAGCGAGAACGAGCUUACGGCCUUGGAGGACGGCACCUUUGCCCAGCUCCACCGCUUAAGAGUCCUGGACCUGGGCCAGAACAAGCUCCGCAGCGUUUCCAGCGGCGCCUUCGUAGGUUUGACCAGCCUGCGGAAACUGGAUUUGAAGCAGAACGAGCUGGCAACACUCCCAGAAAAUCUCUUCUGCGGGUUGGCCUCUCUGCAGGAACUGGAUUUGGGCGAGAACUGGCUAGCAGCACUCCCGGAGGCGCUCUUCCACGGCUUGGCCUCUCUGCAGAGACUGGAUGUGAGCUCAAAUGAGCUAGCAGCACUCCCUGAAGCCGUCUUCCACGGCUUGGCCUCUCUGCAGCAACUGGAUGUGGGCUGGAACUCGUUAGAAGCCCUCUCGGAGGCACUCUUGCGAGGCAUGGCCUCCUUGCAGAAACUGGAUAUGAACGGAAAUGAGCUGGCAGCCCUCCCGGAGGCGCUUUUCCACGGCUUGGCUUCCCUGCUAGAACUGGAUUUGGUCGGCAACAAGUUGGCAGCACUCCCGGAAACGCUCUUCCACGGCUUGGCCUCCCUGCAGCGACUGGAUAUGGGCGGAAAUGAGCUGACAGCACUCCCGGAGGCGCUCUUCAGUGGCUUGGCCUGCCUGCAGAACCUGGCUUUAGACAGCAACGAGUUGACCCUCUCGGAGGCGCUCUUCCACGGGUUGGCGUCCCUUCAGAAACUGGGUUUGAACUUCAAUGGCCUGACAUCACUCCCGGAGGCGCUCUUCCAGGGCUUGGCCUCCCUGCAGCAACUGGAUUUGCGAUACAACGAGCUGGCAGCACUCCCGGAAGCGCUCCUGCGCAACUUGACCUCCCUUGAACAUCUGUUUUUGGGGGGUAACCAGCUGAGCUGGUCUGUGAGGAGCUGCGUAGAGGCGGCCUUGAGCUGUGACAACUGCUCACGCCAAGCAAUUCUGAUCUUGCAUGGACAUCCCAAGCACCUGAUUGGUCGCAUCCCUGUGGACCGGGCAGGAGGUCCUGGCUAUGAGAAAAUCGACCUGCGCCAGGUCUUGUCGCCUUAUCCCAACGUGCGCUGGUUCGACGCCAGCAGCACCGCCAUGGAGGGAACGGACCCCGACUUGGGGAAGGCCGUUCCGCCGCCCUUGCUCGUCACGGACUCCUCGUGCUUUGACAUCGUCUGCCACCUCCGGGGGUUUGGGCACUUGCAGCGCGACAUCUUUGUGGCGACCGAGCUGGUGGAGUUUGAUGCAUCAGGCAACCUCUCCUUCGGCCAAACCUCGUUGCGGCCGCACUGCGCGCAGCUCCGGUGCGACUUCCGGCGUUUCUACUCGCAGGCGGAAGCACAGAUCAAGAAAGGCAAGACAUCCAUUCAGCAAAGCCUCUGCAACGCGAUGCUGCCCAAAGUCUUCGUCGCCUACGAUGUUUCCUGCAUCCGUGGCUCGCAAGGCCACGGCUAUCCUUUCUUGGCGAGCCCCGUGCGCUGCCACAUCAUUGCCACAGCGUUGUGGACGAACCGACCUUCCCUACGGAUCGCGAGAAACGAUGCCGGCGACCGAAUCACGGUGUACGGCAACGGAGACGAGGCGCAGGCUUACCAGAACCGACUGGAGCUCAUAGCGCACACCGCUCUCACUGCCGCAGGAGAAGGACCAGAGACGGCGCCGGCGCACAAGCCAGCUCUGAUUCUUCCGGUGCUUGGCUUGGGUGGGAACUCGUUCCACCCGGAGGAUGCGGUGGCGCUGGCUUUCAGAUCCUUUCGCCGCCGGUUCACGCAGUUCUUCCAUUCCGUCUACGUAUGCUGUGGCGACCGUGGUCCCAACUACGCCCUGAGCGACUUCAUUGAGUCGGCUGUCAACAAGAGCGCGGCCUGUUCGCCUUAA